AGGCGGACAUGUUGUUCGGACUGGGAGAGAAUUUAUUAUGAUUAAAGUUUAUUAGAGUUUUCCGGCUGGAAGUUUGAUUUAUUCUGGUUCUACCGGCCGGGCGGAUCGGGUUCGGCUCUGAUACGCGGGCUGGGAGAGUAAAAGUGGGGAUCCGUGCACCGGAGGAGUGUUUUUAACCGCAUCGACGUUUUAUAAAGUGUGAAAGUUUUUUGUGUUGUUUUUUUGGGACGGUUCGCUUCGAGCUGUCAGACUGAGAUCCACACUCGCUUUAUUCGCUGUGUUGUGAGCGGAUCCUGCCCUGUUUAAGUGGAGAACCUGUUGAAUAUCUGGUUUGAAGACUUUCCGGGCGCUAAAUCUGUCGCUCCUAGUUUUGUGUUGUUGUUGUUUUGUUUGCUAAGUUGUCAUGGAUUAAGCACCGCGUCCAUCCUCCAUGCUUUUCUAAACACCCCCGACUUUAAAAUGUGCUGCUCGGUGCUGUCGGAGGGUUUUUCUGUUCCAUCGGGAUUGAGAGAAUGAAGAGACCGAAUCAAAAAAACUCCUUCAUUUAAUCUCAGCCGGACUCGGAAGGAAGUUAGCACCGGCUAAAGCUGUUAGCCUCUUAGCUAAGUGUCGCUGUUAUUUAUUUCCCCGGGAUUCAGCUCUUAGUCUGAGUGUAUAAAGUUUAUGAACAUGUCUGCAGAAGAGACCUUAUCGGCUCGCUUCGAGAAGAUCGAUGCCAUGCUGAGCGACCCCAAAUCAGAGAUCAACACCGACUGUCUGCUGGACGGUCUGGACGCUCUGGUGUACGAUCUGGAUUUUCCAGCGCUGAGGAAGAACAAGAGCAUCGACAACUUCCUAAACAGAUAUAAAGACACCAUCAGUAAGAUCCGGGAUCUGCGCAUGAAGGCCGACGACUACGAGGUGGUGAAGGUCAUCGGCCGAGGAGCUUUCGGAGAGGUGCAGCUGGUGAGACACAAGUCCAGCAGUAAGGUCUACGCCAUGAAGCUGCUGAGCAAGUUCGAGAUGAUCAAGAGGUCGGACUCGGCGUUCUUCUGGGAGGAGAGAGACAUCAUGGCCUUCGCCAACAGCAGCUGGGUGGUGCAGCUCUUCUACGCCUUCCAGGACGACCGCUACCUCUACAUGGUGAUGGAGUACAUGCCCGGCGGAGAUCUGGUCAACCUGAUGAGCAACUACGACGUGCCCGAGAAGUGGGCGCGGUUCUACACGGCGGAGGUGGUGCUGGCUCUCGACGGCAUCCACUCCAUGGGUUUCAUCCACAGGGACGUGAAGCCUGACAACAUGCUCCUGGAUAAAGCAGGUCACCUGAAGCUGGCUGAUUUUGGCACCUGUAUGAAAAUGAACAAGGACGGCAUGGUACGAUGCGACACCGCAGUAGGAACCCCGGACUACAUCUCCCCGGAGGUCCUGAAGUCUCAGGGCGGCGACGGUUACUACGGUCGGGAGUGCGACUGGUGGUCUGUGGGAGUCUUCCUCUACGAGAUGCUGGUCGGUGACACGCCCUUCUACGCCGACUCCCUGGUGGGAACCUACAGCAAGAUCAUGAACCAUAAGAACGCCCUGACCUUCCCCGACGACAACGACAUCUCCAAAGAGGCCAAGAACCUCAUCUGUGCUUUCCUCACCGACAGGGAGGUGCGGUUAGGAAGAAACGGAGUGGACGAGAUCAAGCGACAUCCGUUCUUCAAGAACGACCAGUGGACCUGGGAGAGCAUCCGAAACGCCGCCGCGCCGGUGGUUCCCGAGCUGAGCAGCGACGUCGAUACCAGUAAUUUUGACGACAUCGAGGAGGACCGGGGCGAGGAGGAGACCUUCCCCAUCCCUAAAGCGUUCGUGGGGAACCAGCUCCCCUUCGUCGGCUUCACCUACUACAACAGCAACCUGUCUCCUCGAGGGUCGAAGACCAGUAACAAGUGCAACAGCACCACUAAGGAGGACAAGAGUCAGCUGGAGAACAUGCUAAAGAAAAUCCACCAGCUGGAGGAGCAGCUUCACGGAGAGAUGCAGCAGAAGGACGAGAUCGAGCAGAAGUGCAGGGCGUCUAACACCAAACUGAACAAGAUGAUGAAGGAGCUGGAUGAAGAGAGUAAUGCCAGGAAGAUUGCCGAGGCCAGCGCGUCUCUGCUGGAGAAGGAUAAACUCCUGCUGCAGCACCGACUCACCGAGAACCAACGCAAGGCCGAACAGGAGCGACGCAACCUGGAGAACGAGGUUUCCACUCUGAAGGAACAUCUGGAGAACAUGAGGAAGCUCAGCCAGAACACUCAGGCCUCCAGCGACAAGAUCAGCCAACUGCAGCACCAGUUGGAGGAGGCCAACUCCCUGCUGCGUGUGGAAUCGGACACGGCGGCGCGGCUGAGGAAGAGCCAGACGGAGAUGGCCAAGGCCAUGAGUCAGCUGGAGUCUCAGUACGGGGAGCUUCUGGAGAAGGGCCGGGCGGCCGACGACGCCCGUCAGCGGCUGGAGAGGGAACAGCAGCAGCUGCAGAACACGCUGGACACCGAGAGAAGAACCUGCAGCCAGGGCUCCGAGGAGAUCCGCCAACUGCAGGCUCGUAUCACCAGCCUUCAGGAGGACAACAAGAACCUGAAGCAGACUCUAUCCAAGAUGGAAGCGGAGAGGAAGCAGGCGCAGGAGAGCUGCAACAUUCUGGAGAAGGAGAAGAACAGCAUGGAGAUCGAUCUGAACUACAAGCUGAAGAUCCUGCAGCAGCGCCUGGAUCAGGAGAUCACCGAGCACAGGGUGGCACGAGCUCAGCUCACCGACAAAUACGAGUCCAUCGAGGAGGCCAAAUCGGCCGCCAUGCACGCGGUGGAGCAGAAGGUCUCGGAGGAGGGCGUCCUGCGCCUGCGCGCCGAGAGCCGGGUGGUGGAGGUGGAGAAGCAGUGCUCCAUGCUGGAGUUCGACCUCAAGCAGUCCGUCCAGAAGAUGGAGCAGCUCAUGAAGCAGAAGGACCGAGUGGAAGACGAGGUGAGGGCGCUGCACAUGGACCUGGAGCAGGAGUCCGGGAUGCGGGCGCUGGCUCAGGCCGAGCUGAAGAGCUGGUCGGGUGAAGCUGAGAGGCUGAGGGUGUCGGAGAAGCAGCUGAAGCAGGACAUCAACACGACGCUGGAGAGCAAGCGCUCGCUCGAGUUCCAGCUGGCACAGCUCACCAAGCAGUACAGAGGGAACGAGGGCCAGAUGAGGGAGCUGCAGGACCAGCUGGAGGCAGAGCAGUACUUCUCAACGCUGUAUAAGACUCAGGUAAAGGAGCUGAAGGAGGAACUUGAGGAGAGGAAUCGACUGGUCCAGGAGACGCAGAAGAAAGUUCAUGAGAUGCAAAACGAACGGGAGUCUCUGAUGGCUCAGUUGGACCUCACGAUGACCAAGGCGGAGUCGGAGGGGUUAGCCCGAGCUCUGCAGGAGGAGCAGUGCUACGAGCUCAGCCAGGAGAACAAGAAGUUCUUAUCACGACACAAGCAGGAGCUCCUGGACCGAGAAUCCACCAUCGCACGGCUCGAGGAAUCCAACAAAACUCUGACCAAAGACGUGGAGAACCUCAGCAGGGAGAGAGCCGAGCUGGACGACAAGCUCCAAACCAAGGAUGAAGAAUAUGAAAUUCAGAAAGAAGAAAUUUCCAACGCCAUCAAAGCCAACUACGAGAAGGUCCUGAACCAAGAACGAACCCUCAAAACCCAGGCGGUGAACAAGCUGGCCGAGAUCAUGAACCGCAAGGACAUGAAGCUGGACCAGAAGAAGCGCGGCAGCACCACCGACCUGCGCAAGAAGGAGAAGGAGAACCGCAAGCUGCAGCUGGAGCUCAACCAGGAGAAGGAGAAGUUCAACCACAUGGCCAUCAAGUACCAGAAGGAGCUGAACGACAUGCAAGCGCAACUGGUGGAGGAGAGCACGUACCGUGUGGAGAUGCAGAUGCAGCUGGACAGUAAGGAGAGCAACAUCGAGCAGCUGAGAGAGAAGCUGAACGACCUGCAGAUGCGGAUGGAGAACACCAGCCUGACCAGCCUGCAGGCCGACGAGAUCGACAGCAACGCCGCAGAGUCGAGACUGGAGGGCUGGCUGUCCAUCCCCAACAGGGCCAACAUAAAACGAUACGGCUGGAGGAAGCAGUACGUGGUGGUGAGCAGUAAGAAGAUCCUGUUCUACAACGACGAGCAGGAUAAAGAACAGUCCAACCCCUCCAUGGUGCUCGACAUCGACAAACUCUUCCACGUGCGUCCGGUGACCCAGGGCGACGUCUACCGCGCCGAGUCCGACGAGAUCCCCCGGAUAUUUCAGAUCCUGUACGCCAACGAGGGCGAGUGCAGGAAGGACGUGGACCUGGAGGCCGUCCCCCAGGGCGACAAGGCGAACUGCCUGGUGCACAAGGGCCACGAGUUCAUCCCCACGCUCUACCACUUCCCCUCCAACUGCGAGGCCUGCGCCAAGCCCCUGUGGCACGUCUUCAAGCCGCCGCCCGCGCUGGAGUGCCGCCGCUGCCACGUCAAGUGCCACAAGGACCACCUGGACCGGAAGGAGGACGUCAUCGCUCCGUGCAAAGUGAACUACGACGUGACGUCGGCGCGCGACAUGCUCCUCCUGGCUCUGACCCAGGACGAGCAGAAGAAAUGGAUCGGCCACCUCGGCAAGAAGAUUCCCAAGACGCCUCCCACCAGUUUCUCCCGGGCGUCUCCUCGCACCCUGAGCACUCGCUCUGUAGCCAAUCAGUCGUUCCGCAGGAACCCCAGGAACAUCUCGGGAAAGUCCAGCUAACCACCCGAACCCUCUCUCUGAAACGUUGGGACCUCCUCAAUUGGGACUCUGUACAUCUCCGAUUAUCAAACACACGUAACCUUUAACCUUUAUGAGUAACGUAAGGAAUCGACGCCGGACGCCAGCCGGACGGAAGGGGGAGCCGGUGGGACGGGCCGCUCCCGUCCGACGGGACCACGCGGCGCUCUGAAGGGAACGUCGACGGGAUCAACGAAUAAUAAAAAAAGGGGGUCCUUCUCUUUCGGGAACGUGGACCGUACGUGGAUGGACUCUGACCGAUCGAUUACAAACGGGGCGAUGAUAAUUGAGACGGAGUACUGGGUACUGAGUAUUAGGCUUUGUUUAUUUUGGUUUUCUUCGAGGAGCAUGUGAGAUCAUUACUAUCGUCUAUGCAUAUCGUUAUAAUAAUUCUCCUUACUGUCGUUACGGGAUCCUCCGAGGAAUAUCGUCGGAGGAGCUCCGGGCGACGUUUAUGUUCACGUUUGGGUACAUUAUUUCUGUCAUUUGUUCUGUUGUAUUAUUAUUUUUCGGUAAUGUAUUAUCGCCUUACCUCCGAUUCCUAGACGAAUAGACGGACAAAAAAAACGGAAAAAAAUACGUUAAGUUAACAAACGUUAAACUGCACUGUUUGAAUUGUAAGUUAUUUGUAGACUAAGACUAAGAACCGGUGUAGCAUUCAGCCCGACUAGUGCCUUACCGACUUACGCUUUGGACCGACUUUUACUGCCAUAUCUGAUCUCUGUUUGCGUUCCUCUACGAGAAAUCCUAACUGUUAUCGGUUUUAAAGAAAAAAAGUAAACGUAUAUCAUCCACUA